CCUGAGAUGAUCACCACUCUCCACCUCAAUGACAGGCCACAUGAAAACCAAAAUUUUGAUUGUUGCUUACCCCACCCAAGGCCACAUUAACCCAUCCCUCCGUUUCGCCAACCGUCUCGUUAAGUUGAAUGUCGAUGUCACCUAUUGCACUAGUGUUUCCGUCAUACGACGCAUCGACAUACAAAGCACCCAUCACGGCCUAACUUUUGUCCCAUUUUCUGAUGGAAAUGACAAUGGCAUACAACCAACUACUAUCUGGCAACAAUUCUUCUUAGAUUUUUCUACUAAUGGUGCUUCUGCUGUCGCAGAAAUCAUUAGCUCCGCGGCUACGGCAGGCCAACCGUUUGACCACGUAGUCUAUAGUAGUGGUGUACCGUGGGCUGCAAAGGUGGCUAAUGCGCAUGGUCUUGAAUCCAGUCUCCUAUGGUGCCAAGCAGCCAUUGUUUUGAAUAUUUAUUAUUACUAUUUUAAUGGCUAUCAAGAUUUGAUAUCUUGUAACAACAACAACCCAACGUUUCCGAUCGAUUUACCAGGACUUCCAUCAUUAACCAUCGCUGAUUUGCCGUCCUUUAUGUUGCCAUCCUGUCUCAAGGAACAUAAGUUUAUUCUGGAAUUUAUGAAAGACCAUGUUGAUGUACUCAAGAUAUCUCCAAGAAUACUGGUAAACACUUUUGAUGAACUUGAAGUUGAGGCCAUGAAAGCAAUUGAAAAACUUGUGGUGCUUCCGGUUGGACCUCUGGUUCCAUCUGAAUUCUUAGAUGGAAAUGGCUUAUCGUACGAUUCAAUCGGUUGCGAUUUGUUUGAAAAACCAGUGGAAGAUUAUAUCAAAUGGCUAAACGCGAAGCAAAAGUCAUCGGUAGUGUAUGUUUCAUUUGGAAGUUUGGCGACUUUAUCGAUAGAACAGGUGGAGGAGAUGGCAUCUGGGUUGGUUGAAAGUGGCCGGCCUUUUUUAUGGGUGAUUAGAGAUGGUGACCAAGUGGGGAAAUUGAGCAAGAUAGAGGAACUUAAAAAGCAAGGGAUGAUAGUGAGUUGGUGUUCUCAGGUGGAGGUAUUGACCCACGAAGCAAUUGGGUGUUUCGUGAUGCAUGGCGGGUGGAAUUCAACGGUGGAGGCGUUGGUGGCUGGUGUUCCAACUGUCGUGUUUUCUCAAUGGUCGGAUCAGGCGAUCAACGCGAAGAUGAUUGAGGAUGUUUGGAAAACAGGUGUCAAGGUGAAAAGGAGGGAGGGGGAUGGAAUGGUGGAAAGAAAGGAGAUCAAGAGGUGUGUGCAAAUGGUGAUGGAGGAUGAAGAGAUGAGGAGAAAUGCUGAGAAAUGGAGGGAGUUGGCAAGACAAGCGCUCGGUAAUGGUGGAUCAUCGGCCGUCAAUCUCCAAGCUUUCGUCGAUGAUGUUCAAGAUAAGACAAUAAUUUAUAAGAAUGGUCAAGACGAGCAUGUCAAGAAAGGUUUUGAAAGUCAGGAGUCUUAACGCGAGCCGCCUCUCUAUCUAUUGGAAUAAAGGAAAGAUUUACCACAUCUUACCCCGAUCGUACCAAUAGCUUUUGUUACAAGUAGGAUUUUACUUUGUACGUUUGUUUGUUUGUUUGUUUAGUCAAGACCAACAUGUAUGGCUAGAUUGGUUGAUAUCA